AUGAAAAGUAUCAAGAAGGACUCUGAGCCAUACAAGCAUCGAGACUGGUGGUUUCACUCCUACAGCCUAUACCUCUUUACCAAGAAUGAUUUCAAGGUUAUCCUGUAUCCACAGACUGCGGUUGGUAUCUUCCAGGCCUUGGCAGGUCCCCUUCUAUCAACCAACCCAACGCCUGACUUGUUUACGAUCCUGUCACGCUUACCACUCGUUGCAUUCUGGAACUGGCUUAACCUCUUGACUUUUAACCUCGCAAAUCAAAGACUGCCGGGUUCGGUCCUUGAGGAUUCGAUGAAUAAGCCAUGGCGCCCAAUUGUGUCAAAACGAAUGACACCUGAUGAAGCGAGACGACUUCUUCUUUUUUUAGUCCCAGUUGGAAUUGGACUAUCUUGUGCAAUUGGCGGCUAUCGAGAGACAAUAGCGAUGAUCAUAUUGACCUGGAUGUACAAUGACCUCGGCGGCGCAGACGAGGAUUUCAUCUUGAGAAAUAUCAUCAAUGCAGCCGGCUUCAUCUGUCACGGAUCAGGCUCAACGAUAAUUGCCGCUGGAUACGGCGAAUGGGAACCGAACGCAAACGCCUAUCUCUGGCUGGGAAUAAUCGGCAUGAUCGUCUUUAGCACAAUUCAAGUCCAGGAUAUUCCGGACAUGGAAGGUGAUGCCAUUCGCGGUCGUCAAACCUUCCCCAUUAUCUACGGCCACAAAGCAGCCCGGAUAUCAGUUGCGCUGGGUGUACUAUUUUGGUCCAUUAUCUGCCCGCACACAUGGUGUCUCGACUAUAUUGGAUACCUCAUACUACUGGUUCCCGGGAUUUGUAUCGCUUACCGAACCCUCAAAUACCAGUCUGUGGAUUCUGACGAGUUGACAUACAAGAUAUGGUGUGUUUGGUUGGUUUCAAUCUACUUGCUACCUUUGUACAAAAGUCCGACGGCCUUGAAACAGGCGUGGAUCUGGAUUUGUACAGGGAGGGAAGAUAUCGGCGACUCUAUCCUUGCGAAGGAAGUUGCCACUACUCCCUUCGUUCUUGAAAAUUGGUUUCGUUUCUUUUCGUUACGUUGA